AUGGUCUUGCCCGUCACUGAUCCUACCAAGUCUUACUGGAUAGAAGCAGCCGAGUCUGAACUGCGAGACUUCAGAUCGAGCGAAGAGCUUCCUCAAGAGAGCGAUGUAGUCAUUGUUGGCAGCGGAUAUGCCGGCGCAUCGACAGCCUACUGGAUACACAAGUCCACAGAAAAGCAGGCAGUGCAGCCCCGAAUGGUACUGCUGGAGGCGAGAAACAUAUGCGGAGCCGCGACUGGUCGAAAUGGUGGCCAGCUGAGACCUCAUGCGUACUCUCGAUACGUGCCAUGGAAAGAACGAUUCGGAGCCGAUGGCGCUAUGGAGCUCAUCAGACACGAAAUGGCACAUCUCGACGCAUUCCAAGAUCUUGCAGACGAAGAGGGCUUCGCAGAGGACGUGUGCUUGAAGUUUGGCGAGACGUUUGAUGCUGCGAUGACUGACGAGGCUCGGACACGACUGAAGGGUUGUCUUGAUGCCAUGAAAGCUGACCACGGCGAGGAUGAUGAGAUUGUGAAGCUCUGCCGAGUCAUCGAUGAUCCUGAAGAAGCUACCGCGUUUUCGCAGAUGAAGAAUACUCUGGCUGCUGUCGUUCAUCCUGCGGGUCAAAUCUGGCCAUAUAAGUUCGUGCACGCUCUGCUUCGCAUUGUACUGAAUGCAGGAAACCUAGAUCUGCACGCACACACACCAGCGCAAAAGAUCUCGGAUCGGGACGCGAACGGCUGGAUCACCGUCACUACCGAUAGAGGAGACAUUCGCACCAAAGCGGUUGUGCACACCACCAACAGAUGGGCCUCUUACUUGUUGCCCGAGUUUCAAAAACUCAUUCUCGGCGAUCGAGCCACAAUCGCUGCGAUCAAAGCGCCUGAAGGCUUUAUCAAGCAUACUGGUGCACAGCAUUGGGAUGCUUCUGUAAAUAACUACCAUCUGCAACUCCCACCACCUUAUAAUACCAUCAUCCUCGGAGGAGGAAGACAAUUCCUCUGCCAUCGACCUGAAGACAGCUUCCCAAACGAUGAAGAAAACAAGCAAGUCUCAGGCAUUGCAGAAUUCUUUCAGACCUGGCCUGCUUCUGAUGUUGUAGGCUGGGAAGGUCCAGAUCCUGCUGGACUUGAGAGGGAUUUGGAUGAGGGUGGUUGCUGGACAGGCAUCGAAACAUCAAGCAUCGAUUCGUUCCCUUUCGUUGGUGCUGUACCGAAUCGCGAAGGUCAUUUCAUCGCAGCAGGAUUUGCUGGGCAUGGCAUGCCUCGCAUCCUGCUCAGCGCCGCACACAUCACGCCUCUGAUCCUAGACUUCCUCAAGGUCCAGCAUAAGAUGCCUGAGAUGACUACAAAAUACCCUUCUCUGCCUAAACCUUUCCACGCCACGCCAGAGCGAGUGCUGCAUCUGGUCGAAACUGCUUCUGUCGAAGCGAAGGUGGAAGCUUACAGGAAGUCAUGCGAAGAGAGUGCUCAAAAGCCCUUCUGUAAUGAUGAGAGAAGUCGGAAAGCAUUGCGAGUUUUGCCGAGUAGUGAUUCCGCGAUUGAGCUUGGUAGGGCUGUAUGA